UUACUUUUUCAAGUGACCCCAUAUUGAGUCAACCUUGAAUCGAAAUAGAUUUGUAGAAAAAAGAAAUAAUUUAAUUUAAACAAUUCAAUUUAUUUGAUAAAAAAAAAAUUAUCAGUAUACAUUUAGUUGAAGACAUUAUAAAUUAUUAAUAAUACAACCUGAUGAGAUUAUACAUUUGACUGAUAACAAGUGGUAGUAUCAGUAAUGAUAUUUCGAAUUGACCGAAUAAUAAAUUAGUUACUUUUUAAAUUUCACAAAAUGCGGUUCUACAUAAUAUAUUUAUGCUUGUUAUUUAUUUCAUUUGAUAUUAUUUUGUGUACCAACAAUAAUGAUGAUGAAGUUAAUUGUACAUUAAUAUCAAAUGAAAUUGAAAAUUGGGCAACAAUUGGUAUUAAAACAAAACGUUUUAAUAAUAUUAUGAAUGAUUUAUCAUUACCAUCAUCAUGGCAAAAAAUUGACUGGACAAAUUUUGUUGAUGGUAUUAAAUCAACAUUAUUAUGUACAAUAUGUAAAUCAGUAGCAAAAUCAAUUAUUAAUCUUCAUCGUACUGGUGUACCUGAUGAUAAAUUAAAAAAAACAAUAACUGAACUUUGUGUUAUUUUAAAUAUACAAUCAGAAGCUGUUUGUCAAGGUGUUGUUAGUCUAAAUUUGCCAAUAUUUUUAUACAUCAUUGAUCAUGAUUCAACAAUAAAUCACAAUGACAUUUGUGGCCUUGUUCUUCAAAAUCAAGAUUGCACUGGUACGAUUGCACUGCAAAGAUAUGAAUGGUCAAUCAAUGUUGAUAAAAAUAAUAAACGUUUUGUUAAUAAAAAAUUAAGUAAACAAAGAUAUAAAAUACUUCAAGUAACAGAUAUACAUUAUGAUCCAUUGUAUGAAGCAAAUGGAAGUGCUGAUUGCAAUGAACCAACAUGUUGUAGAAAAGGACAAUAUCAUAUUAAUGAUCAACCAAUAUUAGCUGGUUAUUGGGGUGAUUUUAAUAACUGUGAUUCACCUUGGCAUGCUGUUACUGAUGCACUUGAUAACAUGGCAUCACAACAUAAAGAUAUUGAUUAUGUUUAUUUUACUGGUGAUAUUAUUGAUCAUGGUAUUUGGCAAACAUCAAGACAAGGAAAUACUGAAAGUUUAAUUAAAACAUUUAAUAAAAUAAUUGAUACUUUUAAUGAUACACCAGUUUAUCCAAUACUUGGAAAUCAUGAGCCACAUCCUUUAAAUUUAUUUUCUCCAGAUAGUAUUGUUGCUGAUGAGCUGUCAACAAAAUGGUUAUACAAAUUGAUGGCUGAUACCUGGAUCAAUGCUGGCUGGUUACCAGAAUCAACAAGACAAACAAUUCAACGUGGAGGAUAUUAUACAGUUGUACCUAGAAAUGGUUUACGUGUUAUAGCAUUAAACAAUAACAUUGCAUACAUUUUAAAUUGGUGGUUAAUAUACGAGCCUGAAGAUCCAAAUGGACAAUUAAAAUGGCUAAAUGAUGUUCUGCGUGAAGCUGAAGACAGAGGUGAAGCUGUUCAUCUUCUUGCUCAUGUACCAAGUGGUUCAAUUCAAAUUCAACACACUUGGAGUCGUGAAUACAAUAAAAUAAUUAACAGAUUUUCACAUAUUAUUGCUGCACAAUUUAAUGGUCAUACCCAUAAUGAUGAAUUGAAUUUAAUUUUUAAUGAUGAUAAACAAGUUAUUAAUGUUGCAUGGAAUGGUGGUAGUAUAACACCAUAUGCAUUUUUAAAUUCAAAUUAUAAAGUUUAUACUGUUAAUGCUGAUUCAUUUGCUAUUGAAAAUUUUGAUAAUUGGAUGUACAAUCUUACUGAGGCUAAUUUAACACCAAAUAAAUCACCAAACUGGUUCAAAUCUUAUUCAUUUAAGGAGGAAUAUAAUUUACAAGAUUUAUCAUAUGAAAGUUUAAAUAAUUGGCUAUUAAAUAUGACUAAAAAUGUUACACUUCAACAACAAUAUCGAAGAAAUUUUCAUAAAAAUGCAUCACCAGAGUUGGAUAAAUAUUGUGAUGAAGAAUGUUUGAGAAAAAUUGUCUGUCAAAUUGUCACAGGUAAAAGUGAUGAUGAUCCUAAUUGUGAAUAUUUUAAAAAUCUUUAAAUUUGUUAAAUACCUAUUAUAAACAAAAGGUGAACAUUUUUUAUGAUCAAUCCAGG